AAAGCAUUUUAGCCCCAGCACAGUGACAGAAGCCCUCAAAUCAAAUCAGUAUCCACAUACUAGGAAAUGUUAUUUAACUGGAGCAAGAGGGACAGUCGUCAGCUCAGUGCUGUGACAGAAGUCCUGGCUGCUGAAAUUAACCUCUGAUGCCAUUCAUGCCAACAUCCAAUCACGAGAGAGAUCAGAAGUUCAGAGAUGUCUCCAAAUUGCCAACAGCAAAUGUGGCCACUGUACCUCAGGGACUCUGAAACUGUGGAAGACAGCGAAAAACAGCUUUAGAGAGGAUGCCCAGCUGGUAAGAAUCAACUGUUUAUGAUGUUUUGGUCACUUGAAGAAUCUCAUUGGCUCACAUGAAGAUACGCCCCGCCUCUUUGCAAAUCUGUGUGAAGGGGGACGUGUCUAAACUUUUAUGUCUGAUGGCAUUUGACCCUAUUGCUUUUAGCCUCCUGGCUAUAUACCUAUAUACACAGGUAUAUGUGUAUAUUUUAUAUUUUUGCUUCCCAUUUGUUGGUAUCAAAGAGAGUUGAAGGAAAUGAAUUUUGAAAGUUCCCGGUGUGCCACCCUACAGUACUGUCCCGACCCUUACAUCCAGCGUUUCGUAGAAACCCCAGCUCAUUUCUCUUGGAAAGAAAGCUAUUACCGAUCCACCAUGUCCCAGAGUUCCCAGACAAGUGAAUUUCUCAGUCCAGAGGUCUUCCAGCAUAUUUGGGAUUUCCUAGAACAGCCUAUAUGUUCAGUUCAACCCAUUGACUUGAACUUUGUGGAUGAACCAUCAGAAAAUGGUACAACAAACAAGAUUGAGAUUAGCAUGGAUUGUAUUCGCAUGCAAGACGCGGACCUAAGUGAUCCCAUGUGGCCACAGUACACGAACCUGGGGCUCCUGAACAGCAUGGACCAGCAGAUUCAGAAUGGCUCCUCGUCUACCAGUCCCUACAACACAGACCACGCACAGAACAGCGUCACCGCGCCCUCGCCCUAUGCGCAGCCCAGCUCCACCUUCGAUGCCCUCUCUCCAUCCCCUGCCAUCCCCUCCAACACAGAUUACCCGGGGCCACACAGCUUCGAUGUGUCCUUCCAGCAGUCAAGCACCGCCAAGUCAGCCACCUGGACGUAUUCCACGGAGCUGAAGAAGCUGUACUGCCAAAUCGCAAAGACAUGCCCCAUCCAGAUCAAGGUGAUGACCCCACCCCCACAGGGGGCUGUCAUUCGGGCCAUGCCUGUCUAUAAGAAAGCCGAGCAUGUCACAGAGGUGGUGAAGCGGUGCCCCAACCACGAGCUGAGCCGUGAGUUCAAUGAAGGACAGAUUGCCCCUCCUAGUCAUUUGAUUCGAGUAGAAGGGAACAGCCAUGCCCAGUAUGUAGAAGAUCCUAUCACUGGAAGGCAGAGUGUGCUGGUCCCGUAUGAGCCGCCCCAGGUUGGCACUGAAUUCACCACAGUCCUAUACAAUUUCAUGUGUAACAGCAGCUGUGUCGGAGGGAUGAACCGCCGUCCAAUUUUAAUCAUUGUUACUUUGGAAACCAGAGAUGGGCAAGUCCUGGGCCGAAGAUGCUUUGAGGCCCGGAUUUGCGCUUGCCCAGGGAGAGACAGGAAGGCAGACGAAGACAGCAUCAGAAAGCAGCAGGUUUCGGACAGCACAAAGAACGGUGAUGGUACGAAGCGCCCUUUUCGUCAGAACACACAUGGCAUCCAGAUGACAUCCAUCAAGAAACGAAGGUCACCAGAUGAUGAACUGUUAUACUUGCCUGUGAGAGGUCGUGAGACUUAUGAAAUGUUGUUGAAGAUCAAAGAGUCCCUGGAGCUCAUGCAGUACCUUCCUCAGCACACAAUCGAGACAUACCGGCAACAGCAGCAGCAGCAGCACCAGCACUUACUUCAGAAACAGACCCCCAUACAGUCCCAGUCUUCGUAUGGUAACAGCUCCCCACCUCUGAACAAAAUGAACAGCAUGAACAAGCUGCCUUCCGUGAGCCAGCUUAUCAACCCUCAGCAGCGCAAUGCCCUCACCCCCACCACCAUGCCUGAGGGCAUGGGAGCCAACAUUCCUAUGAUGAGCACUCACAUGCCAAUGGCUGGAGACAUGAAUGGACUCAGCCCCACCCAGGCCCUCCCUCCCCCACUCUCCAUGCCAUCCACCUCCCACUGCACGCCCCCACCUCCGUAUCCCACAGAUUGCAGCAUUGUCAGUUUCUUAGCAAGGUUGGGCUGUUCAUCAUGUCUGGACUAUUUCACGACCCAGGGGCUGACCACCAUCUAUCAGAUUGAGCAUUACUCCAUGGAUGAUUUGGCAAGUCUGAAAAUCCCUGAGCAGUUCCGACAUGCCAUCUGGAAAGGUAUCCUGGACCACAGGCAACUCCAUGACUUCUCCUCGCCUCCCCAUCUCCUGAGGACCCCAAGUGGUGCCUCUACAGUCAGCGUGGGCUCCAGUGAGACCCGUGGUGAGCGUGUGAUUGAUGCUGUGCGCUUUACACUCCGCCAGACCAUCUCUUUCCCACCCCGAGAUGAAUGGAAUGACUUCAACUUUGACAUGGAUUCUCGUCGCAACAAACAACAGCGUAUCAAAGAGGAAGGGGAGUGAGCCCCCAUUGUGUGGGCCAUUCCUGUUCUCUUCCACCUGCACAGCCCCCACGAGGGCAUCCCUGCUUGAUCUUCAAAGCACUCUGCCUAGCUCAUCUCCUUCCCUUCUCAGUCUGAUUUAUUUCUAAAGGGAAGGAGAAGUAAGAGGCUACCUCUUACCUAAAGUCUGACCUGUCAUCUGAUUCUGAUUCUGGCUUUAAGCCUUCAAAACUAUUGCUUGCGGGACUGUGUUGUCAUGGCUAGAUAGAAGUGAGCAAGGAAGCCGUGGGUCUCUUGAAGUAGCAGAGAUCUCUCAUUGACUUUUAUAAAGCAUUUUCACCUUAUAGUCUAAGACUAUAUAUAUAUAUAUAAAUAUAUAAAUAUACAGUAUAUAUUUUGGGUGGGGGCAUUGAGUAUUGUUUAAAUGUAAUUUAAUGGAAAUUGAGUUGCACUUAACUUUUUUUUGGAAAUUUGUUUGUUUUGGAUGACUUAUCUAAACCCCUUUUCUCAGGGGUAUCAUGUAUGGUGAUAGAUCCCUAGUGCAGAAUGAUAUAUGUGAGUAACAGAUGUACAGGAGCUCUCUGUUCCUAAGAGGGUUAGCAUAUAUAUCACACCAAACCUUUGGAUGGAACCAGUGUGUUUACCAUUGCUUGUAUAAGGUAAAACUGUAUAUAUGUACAUGCCUCUCUAUGUUGGUAUAUUUUCUGUUACUGGUGUCUGUUCCCUUGAGACUGGUUCACUUUAUUCCUAUUACAAGUAAAAGUUCAUGAUCUUCUGUCACACACUAAAGGAAAGGACAUCCUUUCUUGCUUUUGUUUGAGAAUGAGGAAUACAGGUCAUGCCUAAAAUUCUUAAAAAGUUCAAGCUAGCCAUUCCAAAAUAUUUGAUAGUAUAUAGCCAGGUAUAGCUGUAAACCCCGCCCCCCACCGCAGUUUAAAACCCAGCACUCCAGUGUUUAUUAAGAAAAUAUUUGCUAUCAUUGCAGUAGCCUGAAAACUAAAUUUCACUAUUAAUCAACUUACACAUUUGCUGCUGCUAUAAUAAUUCAGGUUGAUUAAGUUGGGAUGAAUUAAAUCUAUCUAGUUCUUAUAAUAAAGUUGUAAUGUCCAUUAUGAACAUACAAGAAAAAGAAGAACAAUUCAGAAAUACUGAGUCUCCAAUAAAUGGUAACACAUCUCAUCAAACUAUAAAUUUAAAUUCCUUUGGAAGUAUGGAUGAUACUUGGGAAAUGUACAUUUUAAAUCCCUUCUUAUUCCAUAACACACUGUAUGCUGAAAUUUAUUAAUCUUACUCUCAUCAGGUCUAAAAUAAGAAUAGCAAUUUGGAAAAUAUAAAUUUAGGAGAGCAGUUUUCGUGUGUCAUCAGUUGCAUCACUGUCAUUUUUAUCUUUUGAUCAUUAAAAUUUGAGUGUGUUGGAAAGUAGCUGUGAAAAUGUAGUUUCCCAUGUGACUCCUUUGGUAUUCUAGGUAGACCUACAAAUAAGUCCACAAAUAAGGGGAAAACCUUUUCAUGGAAGUUGUUUAAACCACAUCAACAAAAUUUGUUUUAAACUUUGUGAAAACACGUAGCAAUAUUCCUCCAAGAUGUUUUGGAAAUAUUUUGUAACAGAUAUUUUUUUUCCAAUCUAAAACAUGUGUUAUAUAUAUGCUAAUGAACUCCAAAGUCUUCCCAUGCAUUCUGGAAAGGACUGUCAUUGCACAAAGCUCCCACUUUUAUCUUAAAGUGCAAAGGGGCUAAUAUGGCUCUGAAAUAUAAUGUAUAGAUUUCAACUAAAAAGUGUGUGUGUGUGAGAGAGAGAGAGAGAGAGAGAGAAACUGCAUAUUUUGUUGCUUUUAUUUGUUUAGUUUUCUCUUUGGGAUAGUGGGUUUUCCAGAACCACAAAUUUCACUGUUUUUAUGUUUCAUGGAAACAACAUUUAGUGAGAAUACAAUGUCAAAUAAGACAUAAUACCAUAAUUGUAAGAUGGGGGGAGGGGAAAGUCUUUUUUUUAAUUUUUAGAAAUUUUGUAUGCUAAAGAGAGUAAGUCCUUAAUUUCAACAUUUUGUCAUGCUUAAAUGAUGAUAAGCACUAUUAAUUUCUGGAACAAGUACAGAGCUUUGCAAGCUCAUUAGGGAAAGAAUGAAAGCUGUGUCCUGUCAUGACUGUGUUAGGAAGACAAUGACUUCCUGCAUGUUUUGAAUGAGUGAGCUAUUUCAGCACUAGUAAGGUGGCACUAGGGACUCUGAGCUAUUUCAGCACUAUUUAGGUGGCACUAGGGACUCAGAAAUUUCUAUACCGUAUCUCAAGAACUUGGCAUAGCUAGGCAUAGUUCCUUGCCUCACAUCAGGUGUUAGGUUAGACACCUUACAUAUGCGGGCAGGCCAGGGCUAGGGUGAAAAUCACGGAGAACAGACAUCUGGAAGGAGGCUUCCUAGAGGUCUGUGGACUCAGCUCAGGGCAGCUAGCUGAAGAAUGGAGUUAUUUUUGCUUAGAGGUGGAAUAAACAAGAAUUGGAAGCAGAACUCUCUUCAUUAAGCCCAUUGAACUUUUGUUUUCUUGAUGUUCCCCCAAAAUAUAGUAUGUGGGAUAUUGAAUAUUAAAGAUAUGUAGGGUUUUUUAUUAUUUUUAUAAUUGUACAAAACUUCAUCAGAUGUUAAAUGUUUUAUAUACUUUAUUCAUGUUUUUCAAAAGUACUUUCUUAUAGAUGUGAUACUUUUUUUACAGCUUCAGUUGCUUGUCUUUUGGUAUAUUUGUGUUAUGGGCUUUUGGUAAGCCUAAGGCAAAUCUAUAAGCCA